ACGAUUCCCAGCAUGCAUUUGACCCCGCCCCACUCCAUCCCCCCCCCCCUCCCCGCGUUCCCCUCGGCCCCCAAAAUGGCGAGUGUGGUGGCGGGGGCGCGCUGAGCGGCGGAGACGAGCGGAGGAGCAGCGGCACUAGGAGUCCGGAGCCCGGCUGGGCUUCACAGCCGGGAAGAUGCAUUUCUCCAUCCCCGAAACCGAGUCCCGCAGCGGGGACAGCGGCAGCUCCAACUACGUGGCCUACAACAUCCACGUGAACGGAGUCCUGCACUGCCGGGUGCGCUACAGCCAGCUCCUGGGGCUGCAUGAGCAGCUUCGGAAGGAGUAUGGGGCUAAUGUUCUCCCUGCAUUUCCCCCGAAGAAGCUAUUUACUCUAACACCAGCUGAAGUAGAACAGCGAAGGGAGCAGCUGGAGAAAUACAUGCAGGCUGUUCGACAAGAUCCAUUGCUUGGGGGCAGUGAGACAUUUAAUAGUUUCCUUCGGCGGGCACAACAGGAAACGCAGCAGGUACCUACUGAGGAGGUAUCCCUGGAGGUGCUACUAAGCAAUGGGCAGAAGGUGCUAGUCACUAUUCUGACUUCUGACCAGACUGAAGAUGUCUUGGAGGCAGUGGCUGCAAAGUUGGACCUUCCAGAUGACUUGAUUGGCUACUUCAGCCUCUUUCUCGUUCGAGAGCAAGAGGAUGGGGCAUUCUCCUUUGUACGGAAAUUGCAGGAGUUUGAACUGCCUUAUGUGUCCGUUACCAGCCUACGGAGUCAAGAGUAUAAGAUUGUGCUUAGGAAGAGUUAUUGGGACUCUGCCUAUGAUGAUGAUGUUAUGGAGAACCGGGUUGGACUGAAUCUACUUUAUGCUCAGACAGUUUCUGACAUUGAGCAUGGCUGGAUCCUGGUUACUAAGGAACAACACCGACAACUCAAGUCUCUGCAGGAGAAGGUCUCCAAGAAAGAGUUUCUACGGUUAGCACAGACCCUGAGGCAUUAUGGCUAUCUUCGGUUUGAGCCUUGUGUGGCUGACUUCCCAGAGAAGGGCUGCCCUGUGGUAGUGAGUGCCGGCAACAGUGAGCUCAGCCUUCAACUCCGCCUGCCUGGUCAGCAACUUCGUGAGGGAUCUUUCCGGGUCACCCGCAUGCGGUGCUGGCGGGUUACUUCCUCUGUACCGCUGCCCAGUGGGAGCACGAGCAGCCCAGGCCGAGGCCGAGGAGAGGUUCGGCUAGAACUAGCAUUUGAGUAUCUCAUGAGCAAGGACCGGCUGCAAUGGGUCACCAUCACCAGCCCACAGGCCAUCAUGAUGAGCAUCUGCUUGCAGUCCAUGGUGGAUGAACUGAUGGUGAAGAAAUCAGGGGGGAGUAUCAGAAAGAUGCUACGGAGACGAGCAGGUGGGACCCUGAGGCGCUCAGACAGUCAGCAAGCAGUAAAGUCCCCACCACUGCUUGAUUCACCUGAUGCUACCCGGGAGUCAAUGGUCAAACUCUCAAGCAAACUGAGUGCUGUGAGCCUUCGAGGGAUCAGCAGCCCUAGCCCUGACACCAGCACCAGUGACGUUCAUGGCAAUUAUGCUUUUGAAGGCAUUGGGGAUGAGGAUCUGUAACCUCCACUCAUGGAUGACUCCUCCAGCUCCUACGGAGGAAUGUACAGGAACUCGCCCUGUGCCUGUGCCCCCCAGGCUGGGGGCCCCUUUACCCUCCUCUUUUAUCUCCUUGCCUUUCCCGAGCCAGUGGCCUCCUAACCACUCCCCUCCCCUGCUCCUAAUGCCAAAUUAGCAUUUAGUAUUUUUGCACAAAGCCCUAUGGACCAUGGACACCUGUUUGGAGGAUGGAGAUUCCCAUGCCCCUGAGCUGCUUUUAAUCCCUGAUUGGAGGGAAGGAGGGGAGGCAGGGUUGGGAAGAGCCUCUGUGUAUAGUUUGGCCCUGCUGCCCCAUCAUUAAACUCCGCCUGAUCGCUGCCUGC